GCCACAAAUUUUAUUGUUUGAUAGGCCAAGAUCUGGGCUAACGUCAACUCAGGAAAGCUGAAAACUAAAUGGGUGUCUUUAUUACAUUAUUAUUCUUUUACAAACCCUUUUCUCUGGUUUUUAUUGCAAAACGUUUCAUACCAGUUUUAUAUUUUGAAAUCCAUAAGGGGAACUGGCUGUUUUUUUCCGACCGCUUUGAAGCUGUCGGUGAUCCCUGGGAUUCCUGUUAGCAUCCCGACUUUCCUGCAUCAUUUGCAUCAUUUCAUCCUGUUUUCUGACCGUCUCCGAGCCCGUGGUUGCUGCGGGUCCCUGCCGGGCUGAAACGCCUCUGCGCCGGCUCACAGGAGCAGGUGCAGUCGGUGACUGAUGGUGUGGAUGCUGGUUUUCUCUGGGCAUUGGAUGCGGACUGACGGUGGAAAAUCGGCACUGUAAUCUCCAGAUUUUAGCUGGAAACAGGAGUCAGCCCAGGGAUUUUCUGUAAUUUCAGAUUCGGAGGCUUCGUCUGUGGAGUGAGUGUCGUGUUUUUGUGAACGGAACCUCGGUCAGAACCCCGGGGUUUUUAUCGAGCCGGUGUCUCUUCAUGUUCCCCAAUCAAAGCUCGAUGUACGUUUCUUACAGCAGCACAUGUUAUAUAUUUAUUUUUCAUAGUAACCGUCCUGUAAUGUCCCAGAUUAACCUUCAGACUACAUUUUAGUGCUGUUCCGGGUCAUUAGUUAAGGAAAUGUUCCUGCUUUUUGUUAAUAUAAAUGUUCCUGUAACCACAGUUAGCACAGACGUUAGCUGUAGCCUCCUUUACUGGAAUUACUUCUGGUUUGACUGACGCUUCAUAAUAGUUUACUGACAUUUCGCCACUUGGUACAAAACGUCCUUGUAGUUGCUGUUUUAGUUUUAGUAGUAAAAUGUUCUCCCCAAACUUUAUUCUGUAAUCAAAUAGCAACCGUGUCAUAACCUCACACAUUCUACUUGGAACAUCUCCACAAGAAAUCUGUCAUAAUUUGUGUUUGACGUUACGUUAGACAGUCUUUACUGUAAUCUGAUCGGUUCUUAUGUAGCCUGAAAACGCACCAGCUGUCCACGUCUCCACACCUGUUCAGGUAAAGGCGUUAGUUUACACUAACCCAGGUAAAGUGGUCGGAAAUAGCUUUUACCUUUGUGUCCACCAGUGGAAUAAUUUCUUCUCAUCGGGGGGUUUUAACGCCUGCCAGUCUCCACACAGCCCAUGACUGUUAGUAUUAAGGCCUCUGGUUGUUUUAGAUGAGAUACAGGUUAUUAGACAAUCAUGGUCAUUGUCGUGCUUUCUAUCACAAAUCAAAGGUAGACCGAUUUGUGUGUGUGUGUAAAGGUAUGACAACCUUUUUGUAAGUUUAGUGGCUAAACUGCUGCAUUUAUAACAUAUAUAAUGUAAUUUAUAAAAAACAAAAUGACAGGAACUACACAAGAUUAAACUUCUUGUUUUGUCAAUGUGUGAGCAGUUUGAAACUCACAUUUCUGGCACGUUUGUACGGAGGGUUCAGGUUGGAAUUAUAGAGGGUGUAGCAUUAAAGAGACCACAGCAAUGGACUACAGGGACCAGCAGCAGGUUUGGGUGGACACGGAUGUGACUGUUUUGGGGUUGGUACUGGAGAGACUUUUUUUAAUCGGAUGCUCCAUCAGUGUCGGACCAGACAAAUCUGUUCAGUCCUGAUCAAACUUCCUGGUUCAAUCCAAAAGGGUAUUAGUGAUUUAUUUCCUUUGUGGAUGUUUGAUGAUGAGUUUUGAACGAACAUGACUGAUAAGACAGCGCCACGCUGCCAGUUGAGGCUGGAAUGGAUCCACGGGUACAGAGGCCACCAGUGUCGAAACAACCUGUACUACACCGCAGGAAAAGAAGUGGUGUACUUUGUGGCUGGGGUGGGUGUGGUCUACAACACCCAAGAACACACCCAGAAGUUCUACCUGGGACACAGCGAUGACAUCAUCAGUCUGGCAAUGCAUCCAGACAAGAUCCAGGUGGCGACAGGUCAGGUGGGGAAGGACCCAUACAUUUGUAUUUGGGACACCUACGCCAUGCAGACCGUGUCCAUCCUGAGGGACAUCCACACUCAUGGAGUGGCCUGUCUCGCCUUCAACUCCGAUGGACAGCGCCUGGUGUCGGUUGGUCUGGACGCCAAGAACACAGUGUGCGUUUGGGACUGGAGGAGAGGACGAGUCAUUGCCACGGCCACCGGUCACUCGGACAGAAUCUUUGACGUGGCCUGGGAUCUGCUCCAGUCGAGCCGGCUGGUCAGCUGCGGAGUCAAACACAUCAAGUUCUGGACUCUGUGUGGAAACGCUCUGACUCCGAAGCGAGGGAUGUUUGGGAAGAUGGGUGACCUGCAGACCAUCCUGUGCGUUUCUGCAGCCAAAGACGAGGUGACGUACUCCGGGGCUCUGAACGGAGACGUUUACGUGUGGAGAGGAAUCACACUGGUCAGGACCGUGCAGGCUGCACAUGGAGCGGGGAUCUUCAGCAUGCACGCCUGUGAGGAAGGAUUUGCCACCGGAGGACGGGACGGCUGCAUCAGGCUGUGGGACGUCGACUUCAAACCCAUCACCAAGAUUGACCUGAGAGAGGCCGAGCAGGGAUACAAAGGUCUGUCGAUCCGCAGUGUUUGCUGGAAGGCUGAUCGCAUCCUGGCAGGGACUCAGGACAGUGAGAUCUUCGAGGUGAUGGUCCGAGAGCGGGACAAACCGGUUCUGCUGAUGCAGGGUCACAGUGAGGGCGAGCUGUGGGCACUCGCCCUGCACCCCAAACAACCAGUCGCCAUCACCGGGAGCGACGACCGCUCCGUCAGGCUGUGGAGUCUUCCUGACCACACUCUCUUGGCUCGCUGUAAUAUGGAGGAAUCUGUCCGAAGUGUUUCCUUCAACAGCGACGGGUCUCAGCUCGCUCUGGGCAUGAAGGACGGAUCCUUCACUGUGCUGCGUGUCAGGGACAUGACAGAGGUCGUGCACAUCAAGGACAGGAAAGAAGUGAUCCAUGAGCUUAAGUUUUCUCCAGAUGGCUCCUUCCUGGCGGUGGGAUCAAACGAUGGCCUGGUAGACGUGUACGCUGUGGCGCAGCGUUACAAGAAGCUGGGUGAGUGCAGCUGCUCUUCCUCCUUCAUCACCCACCUGGACUGGUCAGUCGACAGCUGCUUCCUGCAGACAAACGAUGGUGCGGGAGAGCGGCUCUUCUACAGGAUGCCAGCGGGGAAGGUGGUUCCUAAAGAGGAGGCGAAGGGGAUCCACUGGAUGACGUGGACGGGUGUUGUCGGACCAGAGGUGAAUGGCAUCUGGCCCAAGUACUCCAGCACCACUAAUGUAAACUCUGUGGAUGCCAACUACAGCGGUGCUGUGCUGGUGACCGGAGACGACCUCGGCCUCGUCAAGCUGUUCAGGUUCCCCUGCCUGAAGAAAGCAGGAGCCAAAUUCAAGAAGUACAUUGGUCACUCUGCUCAUGUGACCAACGUUCGCUGGUCCAGUGACCUGCAGUGGGUCAUUAGCACUGGUGGCGCCGACCAUGCUGUCUUCCAGUGGAGGUUCCUGCCCGAGGGUGUCAUGAACGGCGUCCUGGAGCCCCUCCUCCAAGAGGGUUACGCUGACUCAAACAGUGGAGAGUCUGACUCGGACGUGUCGGACGUCCUGGAGCUUGACUCGGACAUUGAACAGGAAGCUCAGACCAGCUACGAACGACAGGUAUAUAAGGAGGAGCUGCCUCAGCUGAGGAAGAAGCUGAUUGGUUGUCUGAAGCGCCAGAAAGCUCCGGAGGAGGGGCUUUGUCUGCAGUUUGUCCAUGGGUAUCGGGGAUUUGACUGUCGUAACAACCUAUUCUACAGUCAGGCGGGGGAGGUGGUGUACCACGUGGCUGCCAUCGCCAUUGUAUACAACCGGCUGCAGCACAGUCAGAGGUUUUACCUCGGCCAUGACGACGACAUCCUUAGCCUUGCCAUCCACCCACUCAAAGACUAUGUGGCCUCCGCUCAGGUGUGCAGAGACCCUGCCAUCCACAUCUGGGACAUCCAGACUCUGAAGUGUCUGUCGCUCCUGAAGGGACACCACAGCAAAGGAGUGUGUGCUCUGGAGUUCACAGCUGACGGGAAGAGUUUGGUCUCGGUGGGAAUCGAUGAAUUUCACUCCAUCGUCAUCUGGGACUGGAAGAAAGGAGAGAAACUGGCCAAGGCCAGGGGUCAUAAAGAUAAAAUCUUUGUGGUGAAGAGUAAUCCCUUCAGGAUGGACAAACUGGUGACUGUGGGCAUGAAGCACAUCAAGUUCUGGCAGCAUUCAGGUGGCGGUCUGACCUUUAAGCGGGGCAUUUUCGGGAACCUGGGGAAGCAGGAGACGAUGAUGUCAGUGUCUUACGGCCAAUCGGAGGACCUGGUUUUUUCUGGCGCCACAAAUGGCGACGUUUACAUCUGGAAGGACACAACGCUUAUCAAGACUGUGAAAGCCCACGACGGCCCCGUGUUUGCCAUGUGCUCCCUGGACAAGGGUUUUGUGACAGGAGGGAAGGAUGGCAUCGUGGAGCUCUGGGAUGACAUGUUUGAGAGAUGUUUGAAGACUUACGCCAUCAAGAGGGCGGCUCUGUCGCCGUCAUCAAAAGGUCUGCUUCUGGAGGACAACCCGUCCAUCAGAGCGAUCACACUGGGUCACGGUCACAUACUGCUGGGAACAAAGAAUGGAGAAAUCCUCGAGAUUGACAAGAGUGGACCCAUGACGCUGCUGGUCCAGGGUCACAUGGAGGGGGAGGUUUGGGGUUUGGCCGCUCACCCUUUACUUCCUGUCUGUGCCACUGUCAGCGACGACAAAACUCUGAGGAUCUGGGAGCUGUCAAUCAAUCACCGCAUGGUCGCCGUACGUAAACUCAAGAAAGGUGGGCGGUGCUGUGCCUUCUCUCCGGAUGGUAAAGCUCUGGCAGUCGGCCUGAAUGACGGCAGCUUCCUGGUGGUGAAUGCCGACACUCUGGAGGACAUGGUGACCUUCCACCACCGCAGGGAGCUCAUUUCUGACAUUCGCUUCUCCCAAGACACAGGGAAGUACCUGGCUGUGGCAUCCCAUGAUUCCUUUGUGGACAUUUAUAACGUCCUGACCAGUAAAAGAGUCGGGAUCUGUAAAGGAGCUGGCAGCUACAUCACUCACAUUGACUGGGACUCCAGAGGUAAACUGCUACAGGUGAACACAGGAGCUAAAGAGCAGCUGUUCUUUGAGGCUCCGCGAGGACGCAGACAGAACAUAAGUGUGGCCGAGUUUGAGAAGCUGGACUGGGCGAGCUGGACGUCUGUCCUGGGUCCAACCUGUGAGGGAGUAUGGCCGACACUCGGCUUCGUUAAUGCCACCUCACUCACAAAAGAUCACAAGCUGCUCGCCACCGGAGAUGACUUUGGCUUCCUCAAACUGUUCAGCUUCCCGUCCAGGGGCCAGUUUGCCAAGUUUAAGAAGUAUGUGGGUCACAGCACCAAUGUGACCAAUGUGCGCUGGUCUAGUGACGACUCUGUGCUGCUAUCGGUGGGUGGAGCCGACACGGCGCUGAUGAUCUGGACCAGAGAGCCACCAGGCCACAAAGAGAGUAAAGCUGUUGACAGCGAGGAGUCAGACUAUGACACUGAGGAGGACGGAGGGUAUGACAGUGAUGUGGCCCGGGAGAAGGUGGUGGACUAUGUCACCAAGGUCUACUCUGCCAGCAUCAGGAACAUGUCAGGAACCAAACCUCACCUGCAGCACAAAGAGCUUCCUGUGGAGGACAGGCCUCCUGUGAGUCGAGCCGCACCUCUGCCAGACAAAUUGCUGAAAAACAAUGUGACCAAGAAAAAGGAGGUGGUGGAGGAGCUGGUGCUGGAGCACGUCUUCGGGUACAGAGGCUUCGACUGUCGCAACAACCUGCAUUACCUCAAUGAUGGCGCCCACAUCAUCUUCCACACCGCUGCUGCCGUGAUCAUCCAGAACCUGUCUGCCAGAACUCAGAGUUUCUACCUGGAACACACUGACGACAUCCUUUGUCUGACCAUCAAUCAGCAUCCAAAAUACCAAAACGUCAUCGCUACGGGACAGAUCGGCCUCACUCCAUCCAUCCAUGUGUGGGACGCCAUGACCAAGCAGACGCUGUCCAUCCUCCGCUGUCCCCAUGCGAAAGGCGUCUGCUACGUUAACUUCAGCGCUACAGGAAAGCUGCUGCUAUCUGUAGGAGUGGAACCUGAACACACCAUAACAGUGUGGAGGUGGCAGGAAGGCACCAAGGUGACCAGUAAAGGCGGCCACACUGAGCGGAUCUUUGUGGUGGAGUUCAGACCGGACUCUGACACCCAGUUUGUGUCGGUUGGAAUCAAACACAUCAAGUUCUGGACUCUGGUUGGAGGUUCGCUCAUGUACAAGAAAGGUGUGAUCGGCUCGGUGGAGGACGGGCGCAUGCAGACCAUGCUGUCUGUCGCCUUUGGUGCUAACAACCUGACGUUCACUGGUGCUAUAAACGGAGAUGUGUACGUAUGGAGGGAGCACUUCCUGGUUCGGGUGGUGGCGAAGGCGCACAGCGGUCCAGUCUUCACCAUGUACACCACCCUGAGGGAUGGACUUAUUGUCACUGGGGGGAAGGAACGACCGACUAAAGAGGGUGGGGCUGUGAAGCUCUGGGACCAGGAGAUGAAGCGCUGCAGAGCGUUUCAGCUGGAGACUGGUCAGCCCAUGGAGAACGUUCGAUCUGUCUGCAGGGGGAAGGGUAAAAUCCUGGUGGGAACCAAAGAUGGUGAGAUCAUAGAGGUUGGAGAAAAAAACGCUGCCUCCAACACUGUGAUCAACGGACACACUCAGGGAGGGAUCUGGGGUUUGGCAACACACCCUUUCAAAGAUGUCUUCAUCUCCGCCAGUGACGACGGGACCAUCCGAAUAUGGGACCUGGCUGACAAGAAACUCCUGAACAAAGUGACUUUGGGUCUUCCUGCCAAGUGCACCUCUUAUAGUCCCAACGGAGAGAUGAUUUCCAUCGGCAUGGAGAACGGAGAGUUCAUUAUCCUGCAGGUCAACUCCCUCACAGUCUGGGGAAAGAAGAGAGACCGCAGCACUGCGAUCAAGGACAUAAGGUUCAGUCCAGACAACCGGUUCUUGGCAGUGGGCUCAGUUGAAAGUGCUGUGGAUUUCUAUGACCUUGCUCUGGGGCCGUCCCUCAACAGGAUCGGUUAUUGUAAGGACAUUCCGGGCUUCGUCAUCCAGAUCGACUUCUCUGCUGACAGCAAACACAUCCAGGUGUCCACCAGCACCUACACUCGCCAGGUACAUGACAUUCCCUUAGGGAGGAUUGUGACAGAGCAGUCCAUCAUUGAGAGGAUCACCUGGGCUACCUGGACCAGCAUCCUGGGCGACGAGGUUCUCGGUGUUUGGCCUCGUAACGCUGAGAAGGCCGACGUCAACUGUGCGUGUGUUUCUCAUGCCGGCUUCAGCCUGGUGACCGGGGAUGACUUUGGCCUCAUCAAGCUCUUUGAUUUCCCCUGCUCUGAAAAGUUUGCAAAACACAAGCGUUACUUCGGUCACUCUGCUCACGUGACCAACAUUCGCUUCUCCUGUGACGAUAAAUACGUCAUCAGCGCCGGUGGCAGUGACUGCAGUUUGUUUGUGUGGAAGUGUCAGUGAGGUCUCCACAAACCUCUGGAGUCCACCUGAGUCCUCCACCACUCUCUUCUUCUUCUCCUGUGAUGCUGCGCUGUCCUGGCAUUUUGGACCCACGGCCUGACAUCACACAGGACAGGAUGUCAAACAAACGGCGUGAGCAUCUGAACCUGCAGCCGUGUGCUGAACAGUCAGAGGGUCUUUUAUUGUGACAGAUUUUCUUGAACAUUUGGAUGCUUUUAAUGUGAAAAAUUGUUUAUAUUUGAGGUUCCUGUGUUGUUAAAUUCGUGGACGUGAGAAAGUGGCGUUCUUCAGUGGUAGCAGUGUCUCUUUGUCAGUGCCUUUUUCACCAACUCUGACCAAACACUCAAGUUUCUUGAUAAUCGUGGUGCUAUGACGUGAUUGUUUAGGGCCGUCACAGAUAGGGAGGAAGAAAACUGCCCUUGUUGUUUGUUCUGUGAUGAUGAUGAUGAUGAUGAUGAUGAUGAUGCAGUUGUACUUCACUGCACUAAAAUGAAGUAACAGAAAGAUGGAUCUGUGUUCGAUCCCACUUAUUAGAAAGCGUGAAAACAAAAUAAUUUGAAAAAACUUGUUUAAAAGAAUUCUACCUCAGAAAA